AUGUGGAGUGCUGGUUUAGGGUUCCGCCCACCGACUUCUCUGAUCGCAGGGCAACAGGCAGAGUGUAAAAUGGCGCACAGCUGUCGGUGGCGGUUCCCCGCUCGGCCCGGAGGGAGCAGCAACUCCGGUACCGGGAGGAGAGCGGGCCGGGUGAGGGUCACUGCAUCCCUCAGGAGUGCCUCGGAGUCGCACCAGCCGACCACUGGGCUCGGACCCGGGUUUGAUGCAGCGCUCCAGGUCUCCUCUGUGAUCGGUACCAACCUGCAGACAUUUCGGGAUGUUUUGGGAGAAUCGAGUGACACGAGCAGCGGGGAGGAAGAACCGUUUUGUGGAUUUGGAACAGUCCCUGAACACACAAGAAUACAGAGCCCUACAGGCACCUCAACAGGUGCGCUCCCGCAGGAGAAGAAGCCCAGAGGUCGCCCCCCACGGUCCCUGACUGCCCAGAAAACCACAGCAUCUUUGAGCUCCCCCUCGUCCCCAAGCUCCCCGGCGCCGGGGAAGCCGGACCGGGCCCCCGAGCGGUCAGCUGACCGGGUCAAACGGCUCCCCGGGAGGCCCCCGGGAUCCGGGUCGGGGGAGAAGAGGAGAGGCCGCCCCCCGUCCUCCAACAGCCAGAGGGCCUGGCACGCCGGCGGCCAUGCGGCGGCGGGGGAGGACGGCGGGCCGGCGCCGGCCGCGGAGACGCAGGAGGAGAAGGACAGGAAGUCAUCGGCCCGACGAGCGCUGUUGGGCAGCGCCCAUCCGCGGGACCCUGAGACCAAGCUGCCCCCCAAAGUGGCCCGCGGCGAAUCCAAAGUCACCAAGCUCAAGCGGCUGAGGGAAGUGAAGCUCAGCCCGCUCAAGUCGCGCCUCAAAGCGCUACCGGGCGUUCCCCGGCGCCGCCGCGGCCGCCCGCCCUCCGCCGAGCGGCUCAAGGCGGAGGCGGAGGCGGCGGCGGCCCGGCUCUCGGGCGGCGUGCCUCACCCCGGGGCCUUCCACGGCGGCCCGGACCAGCAGGCGGAGGGCUACCCCGAGCACAGAGACUCCUCCCCGCCGCCCUCCAAGCUGGGCAGACCCCUGGGGCUCAGACAAAGCCCCCGGCACGUCAAGCCAGUCAGGAUGGCGUCGUCCAAGCGCACCGACGCCACCAUCGCCAAGCAGCUGCUGCAGCGGGCCAAGAAAGGGGCGCAGAAGAAGAAGCUCCUGGAGAAGGAGGCCGUGGCCAUCGGGGGCCCGGGUGCCGGCGCGGCGGACGCCGGCAUCAGGAGGCGGAGGAGGACCCAGCUCAAGAACAUCAGGCAGUUCAUCAUGCCCGUGGUGAGCACGGUCUCACUGCGCAUCAUCAAAACCCCAAAGCGCUUCAUCGAAGACGAGGGCAGCUUCGGGACCCCUCCGCACCACAUGAAGAUGGCGCGGCUAGAGACGCCCCCUAUGUCCGUCUCCACGCCCCCCCAGCUCACCUCGGCCUCUUCCUCGUCCCCCUCUCCUGUCCUGGUGUCCUCUACAGCCGCCGCCGCUGCCGCCGCUUCUGGUACCGGGCCCGCCGCCCCGGCGGACUCCCUGCCUCCCCCCCCUCCCCCGGCCCCAGACCCCGGCAUCGCGUCCCCCGCCGGCGGCCUGCUCAACAACAGCGCCAACAGCACAGCCAACGGACGCUUCAGCAGCAGCGCGGCCUCCUGCGGCUCCAGUGCCCUGUCGCAGCACUCCUCCCAGCUCUCCUCCGCCGAGUCUUCCAGAUCGAGCAGCCCUAGCCUGGACGACUCCUCCUGCGACUCCCAGGCUUCGGAAGCCACGCAGGCCCCGUCGGAGACGGAUGAGCCCUUCCCAUCCUCCCAGGGCGAGAUGGAGGACAGUUUGCUGCACAGCUCAAGGCCGUCCUCCCCCUCUUCGGAGCGGGAACACGUGGUCGUUGAGCGGGACCGGGGCGUCCGCAGGGCUCAGGGAGUGAGCCGGCCAGGUCUGGGUCCGAGGGGGAGAGGGACGCUGACGACCGGGGCCAAGAAGCCCAUUAUAAGCCCAGCGACGGGGGUGUUGAUGUCCUCCUCCGCCCUCGGUGGCCCUCAGCAAGCGUCCUCCACGGCCUCCUCCUCUUCCUCUCCCCCACCCCCUCCCCUUCUCAUCCCCCCGCAGCCCCCCCAGUCGGCCUCCUCCGCCGCCUCGGCCAUCAGCGACCACCACGCCCAGUCCCCCUGGGUGAUGCCUCACCCCGUCACCCCCUUCCUGCCCGGGCCCUCUGUGCUCUCCAGGUCGCAGGACAAACGCAUCUGCUCCAUCCUGAGGCAGCCCACCUUCCGUUGGACGUCGCAGCCCCGCAACGAGCAGCAGUGCUUCUCCUCCGCUAAGUACGCCAAGGAGGGCCUCAUCCGCAAGCCCGUGUUCGACAACUUUCGCCCGGCCCCCCUCACGGCGCAAGACGUGGGGCUGAUGCCCCAAGGUGGGGGCGGGGGAGCCGCCCAGGUGCAGUUCCAGGCGCCGAGCGGCGGCGCCCCGGCGGGAACCCGUCUGUUCACCCCCUUGCACCACCCCGCGUCGCACCAGCACCCGUCCUCGUCCCGUUUCGAAGCCCCGCUCCAGAAGCGCAGCCCGCUGCUGCGUGCCCCGCGCUUCACCCCGAGCGAGGCCCACUCGCGCAUCUUCGAGUCGGUCACGCUGCAGCCCUCCUCCGGGAGCAGCCCCGGCUCCCUCUCCCCUCACCAGUCUUCUCAUAGCUCCGGAAGAGCCUUACGACGCAAGAGGAGGCGGGCCUUGGGCAUGCUCCACGCCCACGCCCGGUCUCCCUCCCAUUCCAUGACCAGGCGCAGCAGCCAAAUGGGCCAUGUCCCGCGGGGGAAGGGCUCCUCUGAGCGCUCCGCGUUGUCAUGCUCGGUCUCCAGCAGUAACCCCGGCUCGUUGCCGGGGGCGUCGGCCGGUCCACUAGCCACUAGUGCCUUAACUCCUGCUUUCAGCCCCUUCUCCGCUCCGCCUCUGGCCAUCGCCGCACAGGGGGCCCGAGAUGGCAGAAGAGGAGUCACGGAGCAACCGGUCUCUUCGUCCUCCACGUCCUCCUCCGGCACUUCCCAACUCUUCCCCCUCUUCCCCUCCAGUGGCCAGGAGACGGGCCGGGGGGCCGGGAAGGGAGAGAGACGUGAGAGAAGCCUGCCGCCCUCUCAGGAAUCCGCUCCGAAGGAGAAGGAUUUGGACAGGAGCAGAGAAAGGGAGAAGGAGAACAAGAGGGAGGGGAAACGGGAUUGGGGGGAGAAGAAGGGCGGGAAGGUUCCCACCCCCGACGCGUCCCCGAAUGUAGCUUCCAGCCUCUUCAUCGUCGAUGGGAGGGAGACCGAUGAGGGGGCGUCCCUGGUGCCUAAGAAGGCCCCCGGGAGGAAGAAGUCCACGCUGUCCGAUGUGACUCCCGAGCCCGCUCCUUCGGAGAGGCCCAUGCUACCCUCGGCCGCUACGCAGUAUUUCGCCAAGGGACGCCUGCAUAAGAAGGGCAGACCUUCAGACAGGGAGGCGGAGCCGGCGGAGGAGGAGAAGGAGAUGGAGAAACCAAGUGCCGUAAGCCAGCCGUCAGCAGGCCUUCCCGGGCAGCCGGGGCGCCCACAGCACCCAGCCCCCUCAUUGGUCUCCAUGCUGGCCCAGGCUGAGAAACAACCUGUGACGGACAAGCAGGUGGUGGGCCUGCUAAAGAAGGCCAAGGCCCAGCUCUUCAAGAUAGAGAAGAGCAAGGCGCUCAAGGCUCCGGACCAGCCUAAGAUCCAGAGCCAGGAGAGCGACUCGUCAGAGGCAUCGGUCCGCGGCCCACGCAUCAAGCACGUCUGUCGUCGGGCCGCCGUGGCCCUGGGUCGCAACCGGGCAGUGUUCCCUGACGACAUGCCCACACUCAGUGCCUUGCCCUGGGAGGAGCGGGAAAAGAUCUUGUCUUCCAUGGGGAACGAUGACAAGUCAUCGGUGGCGGGCUCUGAGGAGGCGGAGCCUCAAUCCCCUCCCCUGAAGCCCAGGGAGACGCGGGUGAAGACCCCCCAGGAUGCCCCUCCGAAGAAGGGCCGGAGGUCGCGGCGCUGUGGCCAGUGCUCGGGCUGUCAGGUUCCGGAGGACUGUGGCGUCUGCACCAACUGUCUGGACAAGCCCAAGUUUGGAGGUCGAAACAUUAAAAAGCAAUGCUGCAAGGUGCGGAAAUGUCAGAACUUGCAGUGGAUGCCCUCGAAAAUGUUCAUCCAGAAGCAGGGAAAGAGCAAGAAGGACAAGAAGAAGAACAGGCUGUCGGAGAAGAAGGAAGGCCUUAAUCCCGUCAAGGGCGUGGGCUCGGAGCCCGGGCUCAAGCCUCCACAAGCUGCACAAACCAAGGAGGAGCCUCCACGCAGAAAGAGCGAAACUCCUCCCCCGAAGCCAGGCGAGGAGAAGUUGAGACCACUUCAGUUCUCCCCUGUGGCCACGUCGUCCAGCCCUUCAGAGGAAGCCCCUCCGCCCCCUAGCGCAUCCCAGCCCCAAUCUGUGGCCAUCACCCCCACCCUGUCGCCCGACUCCAAGCAGUCCUCCAAGACCGGCAGUGUCACUAGCCGGAAGGGACACAAACAGCAGCAGUCGCUCUCCUCGUCGUCGUCGUCCUCCUCUUCCUCUUCGACUUCUUCGUCAUCGUCUUCAUCUUCCUCCUCCUCGUCCUCUUCGGCCCAAAACUCUCCCUCCCCGUCGACACAAUCCCAGCAGCAGCAGGAGCUGCAGCAGCCGCCACAGGCCUCAGCCAAUCAGGCGCCUCCAAAGAAAGAUGCCCCGUCCAAAAUUCCGCUGAGUGACUCAAAGAAGCCCCUGCAGCAGCAGCAGCCGUCACAACAGCAGUAUUCAUCUGCUGCAACUACUACAGCCCAUGAGUUGAAACAGCCAAAAAGGUUCACUCCUGUCUCUUUUCCACCACCCUGUAAACAAAGCCCAAAAGACAAGGAGCAGCCGCUGGUCGCUAAACCCCCCAGUAGCAGUACUUUAAACUGGCUGAGCACUCCCUCGACCAGCGGCCAGGCCAAGUCUGUAGCGCCCUUCGACGGAGUGCAUCGCAUCAGAGUGGAUUUCAAGAGGGACCAUGACGUGGAGAAGGUGUGGGAGGCUGGCGGCCUCAGUCUGCUGACUUCUGUGCCUGUCACACCUAGGGUGCUUUGCUUCCUGUGUGCCAGCAGCGGCAAUGUGGAGUUUGUGUUCUGCCAGGUAUGCUGCGAACCCUUCCAUCUCUUUUGCCUGGGGGAGAAAGAGCGUCCCCUGAAGGAGCAGUGGGAGAACUGGUGCUGUCGGCGCUGCCGCUUCUGCCAGGUGUGCGGACGGCAGCCUCACAAGUCCAAGCAGCAGCUGCUGGAGUGCGACGAGUGCCGUAACAGCUAUCACCCCGACUGCCUGGACCCCCGGCACCCCACCAAGCCCACCAAGAAGAAGAGAGUCUGGGUGUGCACCAAGUGUGUGCACUGCAAGAGCUGCGGCGCCACCAAACCAGGGAAGUCCUUCGAUGCCCAGUGGUCACAUGACUUCUCCAUGUGCCAUGACUGUGCCAAGCUCUUUGCUAAAGGGAACUUCUGUCCACUGUGUGACAAGUGCUACGACGACGACGACUACGACAGCAAGAUGAUGCAGUGCGCCCACUGCGAGCACUGGGUCCACGCCAAGUGCGAGAACCUCACAGACGAGCUGUACGAGCUGGUGUCCAAGCUGCCGGAGAGCCUGCCGUACACCUGCUCCACCUGCUGCAAGGAGCGCCAGCCGGCGGCGUGGAGGACGGCCCUGGAGGAGAAGCUGCAGGGCUGCGUGCGCCACGUCCUGACGGCGCUGCUCAACUCACGCACGUCCACACACGUGCUGCGCUACAGACAAGCGGCGAAGCCUCCGGAGUUGAACCCGGAGACGGAGGAGAGCCUCCCGUCCCGGCGCUCCCCCGAGGGUCCCGACCCCCCGGUCCUGACCGAGGCGACACCCUCCGUCCCCAGCGACUCCCCUCCGGACCUGGAGUCUGUGGAGAGGAAACUGGACCAGGGCCGCUACAAGUCAGUGCUGGAGUUCAGCGAUGACAUUGUGAGAGUCCUCCAGGCAGCUAUGAACAGUGAUGGCGGACAGCCAGAGAGCCGCAAGGCCAACAGUAUGGUCAAGUCCUUCUUCAUCCAGCAAAUGGAACGAGUCUUCCCAUGGUUUAAAGUCAAGGAGUCCAGCUUCUGGGAAGCACAGAAAGUCUCUGCCAACGGAGGCCUCCUCCCCAACGCCGUGCUGCCUCCGUCCCUGGACCAUAACUACGCCCAGUGGCAGGAGCGAGAGGGCCUCUCCCUCUUCGAGCACCCUCUCCUCAGCAAGAAGAUCAUUCCAGCCCCUCGCCCCAGGACCCCCGGAGAGCCGGACUCCCCCACGUCCACCGCACCACUGCCCCUAUCCCUACCCCCGCCACCUCCGCUGCUCCCCGACCGCGACGAGGGCCCGGAGCGCCCACCCCCCCUGGGCGUCAGCGAUAACCGCCUGUGCAUUCUGUGUCUCAAGUACGGGGACGAAAACACCAAUGAGGGGGGCAGGCUGCUGUACAUCGGGCAGAACGAGUGGACACACGUCAACUGCGCCCUGUGGUCCGCCGAGGUCUUUGAGGACGACGACGGCUCCCUGAAGAACGUCCACAUGGCCGUCCUCCGAGGGAAACACCUGCGCUGUGAGAAGUGUCAGCGGCCAGGAGCCACGGUGGGCUGCUGCCUGACCUCGUGCUCCAGCUAUUACCACUUCAUGUGUGCACGUCAGUGUCACUGUGUCUUCCUGGAGGACAAGAAGGUCUACUGCCCCAGGCACAGGGACCUCAUCAAGGGCGAGGUGGUGUCAGGUUUUGAGGUGACACGCAGGAUCCUUGUGGACUUGGAGGGGAUUAGUCUGAGGAGGAAGUGGCUGGCAGGCCUGGAGCCUGAGAAUGUCCACAUGAUGAUCGGCUCCAUGACCAUCGAGUGCCUGGGGAUACUUACUGAAUUUUCAGACUGCAAGCGCAAGCUCUUCCCCAUUGAGUACCAGUGUUCGAGAGUGUAUUGGAGCACUCUGGAUGCUCGGAAGCGUUGCGUGUAUACCUGUAGGAUCCUUGUAUGUCGCCCCCCGGUGGCAGAGUCUGCGUUCAAAAGCAUGAUGGCUCCUGGAGACAACCGCACUAUAGCUCACAGCCCACCUUCAUCCUCAGACUUUCCAGAUCCAUUUGACUCGCCAAGGCGCUCAGAGGCCCUUUCCCCAACGAACACUCCCAAACUCAGAGUUUAUACCAGGAACAGACACCCCAGCUACCCCCCUUGCCAGCGUUCACCAUGCCCCAAACCUAUGUCCAGUCCAGAUUCUGCUCGGUGCCAAAGCAGAGAGCCCCUACCGAGCUCUGGCGUGCAAAUCAUGGGCUCGCGGAGACACAGCACCCCUUCCCUCUCUCCUCCCGCCAACAGACAGAGAGGGGUGACCUCCCCUCCAACACCCCCGUCACGACCCCUCACCUCACCCCCUCCACUCAUACCCUCACCUGCCAGAGACCCAGAGAAGAUCAGAAGCUCCGGUAAGGAUUCCACCUUGAGGGAAGGGGAGAGGACUCGAAUGUACUCCACAGAACGAACCAGACCACCGCCACCACCACCACCAACCCCACAAUCACAAUCAUCUUCAAGAGAUCCAGGCGCCAGGGACAUGGACAAGGUCAGAAGCUCAUGCCGGGAACAGACCUCAAAGGACUCUGACAAGUACAGAAUUCCUAGAGACAUGGGCCAGAAUGAUGCUGAUAAGGGAAGGCUGACCUCCAAAGAGCCAGACAAAGGGAGUCCACUAAACAAAGACACUGGGCUGAAGGAGACGGAGAGGGGACGAGUCCUCGGUAGAGAGCCGAGCCUCAGAGACUCUGAGAAGGGAAGAGGGGCCAGCAAAGAUCCCAGCAGUAAAGACGCAGACGAGGACAAGCCCUUUUCCACAGAUCAAAGCUAUAGGGACACUGAAAGAAACAAGUCAAGCAGAGAUUCAGGGCUCAGGGACCCUGACAAGCAUAAACGAUAUGGCAGGGAUACAGAAAGAGUCAAGGACCCAGGCCAGGAGAAAAGCAGACCUUCCAGUCGAGACUCUGAAAGGGGUAGACCUCCCUCAAGAGACUCCCCCAACUACAGAAGCACAGAGAGAAGCAAAGUACCGGUGAAAGAUGGAAGAAGCAGCAGUCAGUCUAAAGUUGGAGGGGAAAUUAGGGGCGCCAGGCUGACUCCUGCUGGUACAGGCCAGUCCUCUCCUCCAGUUGGGACCGCUGUUCUCACAGGACAACAAAAGGGUUGUAACCUCAAGACUGCAGACAAGCAGGGCAAACCUGUUGGCACAUUUAUCAGCAACAGCAACCAGCCUCGGGACAAGCUCAUGACGGGGAAGGAAACGGGAGUCGGGACCGGGCCUUCCAUACCGACCCCUCUGUACAAUGAUUCUGCUUUGGGAAAAUCUGGCUCCCCACAGCCAGCCCUGCAGAAGGGUGGGACACGGAAGUCACAAGACUACUCUUCAGGGCCUGCCCCCACUGCAGCGAUGAAACCACUGUGGUCUUCUAGGUCUCCAGUGGAGGAGGACAUCAGCCAACGUGGCCCCUCCCACAUCGUGGCCCCAGCUUCCAAAGACAAGAACUCAAAAGGUAGAACGUCGGGGAGCAAAGAGAUGUUCCAGGAUCAUGACCGUGAGAAGGCUCUGCCCAUCGGUAACAACAAAGCCUCACCCCUGAAUCAUAAUUCUAAAACUACCACAAGCACUGUAAACAACACGCCCGCACAAACCCCAAGCCCUUGCAACAGCAGUAGCAGCAAAGCUCCAACCCUGGGAAACAGUGCCAAGGUCCAUGGUAAGGUUGAGGAGGAGAUGGAGGACCAUGGAGUAGACCGAUCCUCAAAGAGCAGGGAGGGCUUCCCUUCUGAUCGUAAGAACAGUCCCACCGUGGAGAGCCUACAACAGCCACAGGCCAGUUUAUCUGCAGAGAGGGGGGUGAAGACCUUUACCCCAUGUUACUCAAAAACGACAGGCAACCAGCUUUCAUUGUCAUCCAGGGACAAAAAAAGACCACCCAAAGCACCCCAUUCAACCCCACUCAAGACCGACGUCAACACCGACCCUAACGGAACCAGUGCUAGCAGCACCGCCUCCUGCUGCUCCACCACCAACACCACCUCCACCAUCUCUUCCUCGGGCCCGGCCGCCCGCCACUCCCCCCGCUCGGCCGUCUUCUCCUCUGCGUCCGCCAGCAGCAGCGACGGCUCAGAGUCCGACUCCCAGACCCAGCCGGAGGACGGGGAGCGCCGCAAAGAGCUCGCCGACCUCCGCCACCACCAUCACCUCCACCAACACCGUCACCAUGGCCUCCUGCCGCACGGCCCCGAGGACGAGGGGCACGGGCCGGAGGACGACGACCCGGAGGGCCGGGGCCUCGACGACAAGCACCACGAGGACGACAGCGACGGCUCGGGCUCGGCCAAGCGCCGCUACCCUCGCCGCAGCGCCCGCGCACGCUCAAACAUGUUCUUCGGCCUCACGCCGUUCUACGGCGUCCGCUCGUACGGCGAGGAGGACCUCCCGUUCUACGGCAGCGCAGACGGGGCGGGGCCGGUGGGCGUGGCCAAGAGGAGGAGCGGGGGCAGCCGGAGGUCCGCCGAGGGACAGGUGGACGGAGCGGACGACAGGAGCACCACCUCCUCCUCGGGGGAGAGCGGGGAUGAAGAGGAAGGUAUGAUGAAGCACCGGGACAAGGACGCAUACUACUACAACUUCACCCGGACCAUCAUAAACCCCAGCGGGGGCUUGCCUUCGAUCGAGGGGCUGGACCGCUGUCUGGGAAGGAGCUCCCAGCUGCAGAGGUUCCUGAAGGAUGAGGAGGAACUGCAGGCACAAGACAACUCCGGAGACGACGCACUGAGUCAAAUAAGCUUGAGCAAGCAGCAAAUCGGUCAGCUGGACGGAGUGGACGACGGCUCAGAGAGCGACGCCAGCGCCUGUCCCACCACCACCGCCACAACCACCACCGCCACAACCACCUCAGCCACUUCCAGCUCGCACAGAAACACUGGCAAAAGAAAGGGCCGCGAGAGGCAUGCUGAGAAACUGGAGUCCCAUGACACAAGCAAGGAGGCGGACAACGGUGGAGCAGCAGCAGCAGCAGCAGCAGCAGCAGCAGCAGCAGGGGGUGGAGGUGGAGGAGGAGGAGGAGGAGGUGGAAGCAACAACAGGGAGGGCAGAAAGAAUCAGAAAGAUAAUAGUCUUCCUCUUGGAGGUGGGGUCAAAUCCCAAAGCCAGGGUCAAGAUCCCCUUGACAACCAGCUUUCCCUUAGCACUGAGCUCCUCAAGUCAGAUUCCGACAACAAUAACAGUGACGACUGUGGCAACAUCCUGCCGUCCGACAUCAUGGAGUUUGUCCUCAACACGCCCUCCAUGUCCAUGCAGGCUUUGGGCCAACAACCCGAGCCCUCCUCCUCAGAGCUCUUGGGCUACGUCGACGUUGACGUAAAUCGGCGCAAGGACAUCCUGUUCGAUGACUUCUCCCAGCCUCUCGCCAGCGGUGACGGUGGCAGCGCCGUUGAGAGCGGUGUGAGCAGCUCAAUAUCUGUAGAAGAGCCCUACGGUCUUCCUCUGGCGUUACCCUCUGACCUCUCUGUCCUGACCACCCGCCCCUCUGUCAGCAGCGGCCAAAACCACACCGCUGGAAGUCUCAUCUCAGAAACCGCCGACCGCACAAUGCUGGGCUUGGCUGCCGACCCAGAAGCCAUUAGUGGGGAGAAGAGUGCUGAGAAGAAGAGAAAGGGGUCCAGUGUGUCGCCAUCGCAGAACCAGCAUGACGGCAAAGCGCUGUCCACGAGGGAUACUCCGCUGGCAGAAGAGCAUGACACUCCUGAACAGUUCAUUCCCAGCCCUGCUCUUGGGCAAGUGGUGGAGUCCCCGGGGACCCAGGACCUAGCUAGAAACUCUGCUACCCCGGGUCUACCUAGCUCCCCCUCUUUGCCUCAUCAAGGCCAGACAUACAUCACUGCCUCCUCCUCGGCUUCAGCGGGCAGCCCUGGCCCGAUCCACGGCCCAGGCCCUUCCCAGGCUCAGGUGGCCGGUCCAGCCGUCCUUAAACAAGGCCCUGAAAAGCUAAUCUUGGUCAACCAACAGUUCCAGCCGCUAUACGUUCUCCAGACUCUUCCAAAUGGUGUCCCCCAAAAGAUCAGUGCCACGGGAGUGAUGGACACCAGCACCUCCGCAGUAUUGAGCUCAAUGACCCUAACCACUGGGCUUAAUACUGGGCUUUCCUCAGCUUCUACAAUCUUCCCGGCAGGGGGAAAAGUCUUGGGCACCAUGUCCCACCACCCACAGAUCCACACCUUCACAGGAACGCAGACAGGCUUUCAGACUGGCAUCCCCAGCACAACCUCAGGGCUCCUCAUUGGAGUGUCAUCCAAGCCCCACGACCAGUCCCAGAUUCUUGUGUCAGACGCUUGCCGGCCUCGUGAAUUGGGUCCUUUAGUGUCUAGCGCCUCUUCCAUGGCCUCUUCCCCAGCUUUGUUGGCCUCUGCACAUGGCAAGAAGCGACCGAUUUCCCGUCUGCAGCCAAGAAAGACCAAAAAGCUAGCUCGGUCCCGCGGUCAGCCAACUCUGGCACCAUCUGAAGUGGGCACUCCAAACAUGACCCUUAUCAACCUGUCAGGCUCUCAAAUCACUGCUGGCAUUCCUGGUCCACCCGGAGGACUAGUUGAGUUCACCACCUCCCAACGCAAGGUCCCCAACAUCAUCAAGAGGCCCAAACAAGGCGGGGUUAUGUACUUUGAGCCUAUCCUUCAGCACAGAAUGCCCAUUUCUGCUGGUGGCCAGGCUGGUAUGCGUCAUGACUCCACUCACCUCUUGCCCUGCACAGUCUCUAGUCUUAACUCCAAUCAGUCUGUGUUAAAUGUUGUGUCGGUUGCUCCCAGUGGAGCGACUGGCCUUAUCGCUCCAGGAUCUGUGUCUCUCACGACCCCGGUCCUCGGUGCCACCGAGCUCACCGGGUCGAUCGGCAACCUCCUCUUUAAGGCCGGGCCCCACGGCCUGGGCUUGUCUGAUCAGCCCAUGGUGCUUCAGCCAGCAGGAGGAACCCCCCUGAUGUCCCACAUGGGCUCCACUGUCCAGACCUGCAUUGCCAGUAGCAUCUGUGUCCUGCCCACCCCACAGACGUUCAGCAUGGCCGUCCCACAACCGGGGGAGAAGGACAGCGUUGUCGGUCAGCUGCAGCACCUACACCGUCUACCCCACCACAGAGCCCAGACCAUGGAGACCAGUCAGAACACCGGCCCCCUAGCCUGUGUGACCCGAGCCCCGGGACAAGUCACCACAGUGGGGUCAUCUAAGGGCAUGGUCGGGGUGUUCACUCACACCAAGGCUCCCGGACACUCUCCGGGCUCCAGAUCUACUACCUUGGAACAAAUUCAGCGUUCCAACGCUGUUGCAUCGUCCACACUCAACGUCUGUGGAGCGGGGAAAGGCAAGCAGAAGGCCAAGAGAAGCAGGCAGAGCCCCGACAAAUCUAGUGGGAAGAAACUCAAGACCUUGCAGAAGAAGGAGCCGUACAACAACCCCGAAAGACGACCAUCCGCAAACCUUGGAUCCAGAGAGUUUAGUUCAUCUGGGCCUAUGGACACGGCAACACCCACAGACAAGCCACCCAACAAGAGUGUCCCCGAUCCAAAGUCUUCUGAAACAUGUGCCCUGUCGGGGAGAGCCGUGGAGAAGGACCAGGCCCCCGGGGGGGGCUCUGGGGCCCCGGGCCCCCCCCUGGUGGCCUCGCUGCCAGAGCAGGAAGGCGAUGCAGAGGACUCUGUCCUAGACAGUAAGCCUAAGAAGGGCAUCAUCUUUGAAAUCCGCAGUGAGGACGGCUUCCACAUCCGCUGUGAGAGUAUCGAAGAGGCUUGGAAAUCCCUGACUGAUAAAGUACAGCAAGCUCGCUCCAACGCCCGACUCAAAGAGCUGUCUUUCGAAGGGGUCAACGGUCUGAGGAUGCUGGGCGUGGUGCACGAGGCGGUGGUCUUCCUGCUGGAGCAGCUCUGCGGCGCCAGACACUGCCGCAGCUACCGCUUCCGCUUCCACAAGCCCGGGGACACCACCGCGCCCCCGGCCAACCCCCACGGGGCGGCGCGCGCAGAGACCCACCACAGGAGGUCUGCAUUCGACGUGUUCAACUUCCUGGCCUCCAAACACCGCCAGCCACCUCAGUACCGGCCACAGGAAGAGGAAGAGGAUCUCACCAUGGCCAGGCGUCUGUCCUUGGAGCUCCCCCUGGCCGUUAGGUUCAACCAGCUUAAAACAACAUCCAAGGAGACCGUUGGGGUUUACAGAUCUCCCAUCCACGGUCGCGGGCUGUUCUGCAAGAGAACCAUUGAGGCCGGAGAGAUGGUGAUUGAGUACUCGGGGAACGUCAUCCGCUCCGUGCUCACAGACAGGCGGGAAAGGUUCUACGAGGGCAAGGGCAUGGGCUGCUACAUGUUCCGCAUUGACGACCAUGAGGUGGUGGACGCCACGGUGCACGGCAACGCCGCUCGCUUCAUCAACCACGCCUGUGAGCCCAACUGCCACUCGCGCGUGGUCGCCGUGGACGGCAGGAAGCACAUCGUCAUCCUGGCCUCGCGCCGCGUCCGCCCCGGCGAGGAGCUCACCUACGACUACAAGUUCCCCGUGGAGGACGCCGGCAGCAAGCUGCCCUGCAACUGCGGCGCCAAGAGGUGUCGCAGGUUCCUCAACUGAUGAUGAUGAUGAUGAUGAUGAUGAUGAUGAUGAUGAUGAUUUGGCGCCCGGCCCGGCUUCAGUAAGGGCCCCGGCUGUUAAGGACCCGAGCAGCAGCACUGGCUCCAGAGAGGAGUGUGCCACCAGAAGUGGAGGAAGGAGUUUGUUCCUGAUGACUCUUGCUGUUGGUUGAAGGGGCUGUUGGAUAUGAGCAAGACGACAAUGAUUGUGCCUCCUUUAUGAUUAACUUGACAUCAUUGAAAAUCUCAACUUUUCUCUGUAGUGGAAUUUAUAACAAUAGCCCCAUUUCUUUCCUUUGCUAAUUUGGCCAGUUCUUAAUUUCACCAGAAAGGUUGGGCCUCAUCAGAUAGGAUAACCUUACUUUGAACCCCAAUGCUGGAGAGCUUAGAGGUUCCAAUCGAAAGUCAAACAACAAACCGUGAACGGAAAGGAUCGAUUUUACACCAAAGUGCAAUUGUUGAAGGGCCUUAGGGACUUGGAAAGGAAUAUUCAGACUCUGUGUGUCUGUGUGUGUGUCUGUGUGUGUGUCUAUGUGUGUGUCUGUGUGUGUGUGUCUGUGUCUGUGUCUGUGUCUGUGUCUGUGUGUGAGAGCCUGUCUGAAUGUGUCCUGAAGCCUUCAGAGCUGUGGGGAUGUGUCACCAAUCCCAUACCCACCCAGACUCUGGUCUGGAGGAAAAGUCUGUAAAUAGCAGGAUGCCCAGGAGCAUGUCUUGGGAAGCCUGCAUGUACAGGUUGCAAUAGCAGAGGGGCAAUGGUCAUAGGAAGAAACUGAGGUAAAGGAGGCACCUCUGAAGAAAAAAGUGUUAGUUCAGUUUCUUUGUUUUUGUUUUGUUUGCUUUAGAAUAACUUACCAGUGUAUUUCAGCCAGAGUCUGUUAGUCGUACUAGGACUAGGUAGCUAGGUAGAGCUGGUUUUAAUGUUUGGAAGCUUCUGGCCUUGAGGAAGCUAGGCAGCUGGAGAUACUGGUGGACUGACUGCCAAGGGACGAGGGAACCUUAGGGUUGUGCUCAAAGGGGUCCCGUUAUGGGUCUAGUCGGUCUCCCCGCUGGGGCCGUCGCCAGGUAUUGUUAGACGUAGUACUGCAGGUUCAAGUGUGCUGUCGCUAUUAAGCUCAAGUCUUUGGAAGUUAAGGUUAUUUUGGAUUUCUAAUGACGUUCCAAAUUACAGCAGCAGAGAGAAACCAAACAUCAGCCCCUUGAAUUGAAUUCCCAUCGAGGUAUUUUUCCCUUCUUUUUAGCCAAUUGUUAUAAACUUUAAAACUUUUUUUAUUUGUAUGGUAUUAAGUCUUUUAAAUUUCUUGUUUGUUAUCUGUCUUUCUUAAUUAUGGACAGGGAAAUAUCAUGCUUGCUUUUAAAAAGAAAUGUAAAUAAUGUAUAUUUUUCUACAGAAAAAGACUAAAAAAGCACUCACUAGUGAAUAGCACUUAAUGAUGGUAUUUAUAUUUUUUAAGAGAUUGUAUUUAUUUUAUUGCCAUUUUUGUAGGAAAUAGAGGUUUACAAACACUAAUGCUUGGUCUCUACGUUUUGUAUUCUGCUGCCUUUUCGAAGUUGUGUUCUUGUUUUGUUUUUCUUUCCCAAAUUGAUUUUAAUUAUUUUUAUUGUUUAAUUUGUAGCCUGAAUGUUUUCUUUAAUUCCAAAGACUGCCGUUGGUCUGUGGCUUGGUUCCAUUGAGUGCAGUCCACCAGUAGCUCUCUAUCCAAGGCCAUUUCGGUCGGGGCUGUGUUUUAUUCUUUUCUAUUCUAAUUCUCUAUGUUCCAGUUGUAGAGGGCAGUUCUGUUAAUAUGCACUCGAGAGGGAGACUUUAAAUUAUUGGUCCGUAUUAAAUAGGUGAAUAUCUCCUCUCUCCCGCCUUAAUGUCAACACCCAGCGUUACGCUCUGACAACAAGACCAACCUAAAAACAAUAAUGCUUUUCCCUGGCUGGAUAGGCUACACUGGUCAGAUCCACAUCUGUUCACAACUCAACGGUUUCCUAUAGAUUGUGGUCCCGUCUGCAGGCCCAGUUUAUAAUGAAGAGGUGCCUUCAUGUUAUUGAUGCAACGCAAAUAAAGAAAAGCAUAAGUCAUAUCUCCAGCCAAUUCAAACCACUUUGCACAGUGCAUGUACAAGUGAAAUCAGUAAUUUGUGUUUUGCCUUAGUUGUUUAAAGGGUCUUUUAUUUUUUCCAUGUUUCGCUGGAUAAACUAAACCUAUUGUUUCUCGGCUGCUGAUUUAUUUUUAUUUUGCUAUCCUGGAGCCAACAUGCCAACGCGGCCAGUGAUUGUUCCCCGUUGGAUUUGCAUAUUUACCUGGUUGACCACAGACCAUUACUGGAGUUCAGCCAGCCCCCUCCCUCCUGAGCGUCCCCUCGUAGAAACAUUACGGACAGAACAGUUACACUUGCAGCAGAAGUGGAGCGUUUCACGUAGAAAGUCAAAACUAUAACGGUCAUUUCUGAGGGCUCCACCUCUGCACGUUUGUUAUGAUAGAGGCACUGAAUUACACAUAGGACGAUACUUCUCAUCCCUCCCGCUUAAGACCAAGCUGUUUUUUUCAACCCCAGCCGUAGGCCCCCCCCCUAGCAAAGAGGAAAACUUAAUGUGGGAUAGGUCUUGACGGGGCCUGUGAACGUGGCAUUCAGGCCCCUAGCGAAGUGCACUUGACUCCCACUCCCCACCCAGCUAAGGCAGGGGCCGCGGUGUGCGUCUAGCGGCCGUGCAGUGCAUAUCAGCCAGGCUGUGGUCCCCCAACGGCCAGGAGCAGUCAACACCAACUCUCACCGGGUGGUGUGAAUCAUGUUUCUGCAUCAGCAUUGUGCUUGCUGGGUUCUGCUGCUAAGAUACAACAAAAAAACAAAAACCUGAAUGUAUUAUCCUCCUGAGCAACAUCUGAGUUGUGGCGAUCCCUUCUGUGGGCUCCAUUUGUUCCACGGAGAGAGACUUUGUGUUAUCUGUGAAACAUGGCGGUCUGGGAAGCUAUGACAUGAACCCGUAGCGGGGAGGCGGCGAUGGUUUACGUUUUGUUUGUUUAAUUUAACCACUGGGGAUGUACUGACAUGACGGGUACAUCACGACGGCAUUUCUACCUACUCGUACCAACCGGUUUUUACUGAAUGAGGGAAUAUGGUCAUUCAUACGUGUAUUUGGGGUGAGGGGGUUGCUAAUGCUAAGGGCUCCGUCUGUCCUUGGGUCUCCGCUUCAAACGCUUGACCAGUUAACCAGUAAAUAAUAACUAGCGACUAUAGCAUCUGUUUCCGUGUUCCUUAAUAAGCAGCUAUACAGUAAGUCAACAGCCUCUGUUGCAUCCUUGUCUUCAUUUUACCACGCCACACCAGUGGCUCUUCACCCACAUCAUCUGUAAUUAUACUAUAUAACAAUGAUAAUAUACAAAAUCAUGCAUAGUAAUUUCUUGUGCUUUAGUAUCUAUACAAUAUAUGGAAUGGACAGACAAACUUAGUUACAGUAGCAAAUCAUCAGAUUUAUGGUUAUUAGCAAUGUUUCAAUGUACUCUAUAAUGGUUUUUGUGUUACAGUAUACCUGAAUGAGACUAACAGUCGUCAAUCUUGUAUAGUGAUAUCAGUACCAAUUCUCCUGUGUCUGUGAAUGCACCUUCAACAUGAAAAAGGGGCUUUGCGGAUUAAAUUUCUUACUUUGCUUUUUAUUUUUCCGGAAAGGAACAAUAUUUAUGUGAUGUAACCGUUAAUGUGGUUGUGUACUUCUUGAGGUCAGCCAUGUUUGUUUUCUGAUUGUUGUAGUGACUGUUCUUUUUUUUUUUUUUGUCUGUUUUUAUUGUACAUUUUAUUUUUAACAGGGAUUUUGAAACUGCUUACUUGAUGUGUAUAAAUGGAGUCUGGUUAGUGGAGACCGACCAGUAAACGUAUGAAAUCCCAACCAAAAUGUUGCUUCAUUUUGGAAAACCCUUUGUGUCUCCCUUGCUGACUCCUUCCUCUGAAGCUUUGGUUGUACUUAUCAUGUACUAUUUUUAUAUAUAUAUUUUAUAUAUAUAUACAUAUAUAUAUGAUAAUACCAAGAUGAUAAUGUUGGUUAAAAAAAUACACUUACGUUAUUUAUUUUGAGCAACGGUCAACAAGCCAAAAUUGUUAUUUUUGCAAUCGACAUUUUGGAGCAGUUGAGCGAGUACUAAACAUUUGUUUGUAUUUUAACUUGUCAGCCUAGGAGGGAAUUUGGUGUCACACAGGAAGUGAAUAUUGGAUGAUACACAGGCUUGUUUUUAAUGCCUUGAAUAUACCUUUGUCUUAUCAACUUCCUCCUGCUCAUAAUAAUAAUAAUAAUAAUAUGACGGUCUUGUUUAUCAGUGUUCUCUCAAUACUCAUCACAGAAAUGAAGGAAAUUACAACAGUAAAAAAAAAAUAAAAAAAACCACAAAUAGGGUUGAAUGUAAAAUUAGGAAGCAAAGUUGUAAAUACAUGUAAAAAGAAAAGUUUCUAAUCAUGUUUAUUUUCUAUGCACUUUUUUAUUUAAGUGAUAGUUUAAAUAAUAAACAUGUGUCCUUUACUCUUUA